AUGCUACGGGACAGCUACGGAAAAGCCAGUGACUCUACAAGCUACGGGACAGCUACGGAAAAGCCAGCUCGAAGGCAGCCAAAUGAACAGUUAGCUGAAGAGGAGGAAAAUCCAGUUGACUCUGAAGAGGAUGAGGUUUAUUACCUCAGACCAAGACUUGACAUAGUAGAUGAACCUACUGAGAGUCAAGAAACCUGUGAACAGUUACAACUAAGGAUUGUGGGCUCCAACCCAAGCCCAUACCAGCCAUUAACAGCUACUCCAGUUGCAGACCCAGUGCAGGAAUCCCAAAGAAAUGCAAGUUGCUUACCUGAUACCGAGGAAUCCACUGCAGAAAGCCCGGUCCCCAUCCGGCUGGUGAACGGGAACAACAUGUGCUCUGGGAGAGUCGAGGUCUAUCAUAACUCUACCUGGGGCACCGUCUGUGGCAGGAGCUGGAAUAGGAGUGAAGCGGACGUGGUCUGCAGGAUUUUGAACUGUGGGACAUCUGAGUCGGUAACAACAGAUGCCUCCUACGGAGAGGGCACUGGGAAGAUCUGGCUGGAUGGGGUGAAGUGUAACGGGACAGAGCCUGCUCUCGACCAGUGCCCUGCCAGCCCAUGGGGGGUGAAUAACUGCUCCCACACAGAGGACGCUGGAGUCUCCUGCACAGGCCCGGUCCCCGUCCGGCUGGUGAACGGGAACAACAUGUGCUCUGGGAGAGUCGAGGUCUAUCAUAACUCUACCUGGGGCACCGUCUGUGGCAGGAGCUGGAAUAGGAGUGAAGCAGACGUGGUCUGCAGGGUGUUGAACUGUGGGACAUCUGAGUCGGUAACAACAGAUGCCUCCUACGGAGAGGGCACUGGGAAGAUCUGGCUGGAUGGGGUGAAGUGUAAGGGGACAGAGCCUGCUCUCGACCAGUGCCCUGCCAGCCCAUGGGGGGUGAAUAACUGCUCCCACGCACAGGACGCUGGCGUCUCCUGCACAGGCCCGGUCCCCGUCCGGCUGGUGAACGGGAACAACAUUUGCUCUGGGAGAGUCGAGGUCUAUCAUAACUCUACCUGGGGCACCGUCUGUGGCAGGAGCUGGAAUAGGAGUGAAGCGGACGUGGUCUGCAGGAUUUUGAACUGUGGGACAUCUGAGUCGGUAACAACAGAUGCCUCCUACGGAGAGGGCACUGGGAAGAUCUGGCUGGAUGGGGUGAAGUGUAAAGGAACAGAGCCUGCUCUCGACCAGUGCCCUGCCAGCCCAUGGGGGGUGAAUAACUGCUCCCACGCAGAGGACGCUGGAGUCUCCUGCACAGGCCCGGUCUCCGUCCGGCUGGUGAACGGGAACAACAUGUGCUCUGGGAGAGUCGAGGUCUAUCAUAACUCUACCUGGGGCACCGUCUGUGACAGGAGCUGGAAUAGGAGUGAAGCGGACGUGGUCUGCAGGAUUUUGAACUGUGGGACAUCUGAGUCGGUAACAACAGAUGCCUCCUACGGAGAGGGCACUGGGAAGAUCUGGCUGGAUGGGGUGAAGUGUAAGGGGACAGAGCCUGCUCUCGACCAGUGCCCUGCCAGCCCAUGGGGGGUGAAUAACUGCUCCCACGCAGAGGACGCUGGAGUCUCCUGCACAGGCCCGGUCCCCGUCCGGCUGGUGAACGGGAACAACAUGUGCUCUGGGAGAGUCGAGGUCUAUCAUAACUCUACCUGGGGCACCGUCUGUGGCAGGAGCUGGAAUAGGAGUGAAGCGGACGUGGUCUGCAGGAUUUUGAACUGUGGGACAUCUGAGUCGGUAACAACAGAUGCCUCCUACGGAGAGGGCACUGGGAAGAUCUGGCUGGAUGGGGUGAAGUGUAAGGGGACAGAGCCUGCUCUCGACCAGUGCCCGGCCAGCCCAUGGGGGGUGAAUAACUGUUCCCACGCAGAGGACGCUGGAGUCUCCUGCACAGGCCCAGUCCCCGUCCGGCUGGUGAACGGGAACAACAUGUGCUCUGGGAGAGUCGAGCUCUAUCAUAACUCUACCUGGGGCACCGUCUGUGGCAGGAGCUGGAAUAGGAGUGAAGCGGACGUGGUCUGCAGGAUUUUGAACUGUGGGACAUCUGAGUCGGUAACAACAGAUGCCUCCUACGGAGAGGGCACUGGGAAGAUCUGGCUGGAUGGGGUGAAGUGUAAGGGGACAGAGCCUGCUCUCGACCAGUGCCCGGCCAGCCCAUGGGGGGUGAAUAACUGUUCCCACGCAGAGGACGCUGGAGUCUCCUGCACAGGCCCAGUCCCCGUCCGGCUGGUGAACGGGAACAACAUGUGCUCUGGGAGAGUCGAGCUCUAUCAUAACUCUACCUGGGGCACCGUCUGUGGCAGGAGCUGGAAUAGGAGUGAAGCGGACGUGGUCUGCAGGAUUUUGAACUGUGGGACAUCUGAGUCGGUAACAACAGAUGCCUCCUACGGAGAGGGCACUGGGAAGAUCUGGCUGGAUGGGGUGAAGUGUAAGGGGACAGAGCCUGCUCUCGACCAGUGCCCGGCCAGCCCAUGGGGGGUGAAUAACUGUUCCCACGCAGAGGACGCUGGAGUCUCCUGCACAGGCCCGGUCCCUGUCCGGCUGGUGAACGGGAACGUGUGCUCUGGGAGAGUCGAGGUCUAUCAUAACUCUACCUGGGGCACCGUCUGUGGCAGGAACUGGAAUAAGAAUGAAGCGGACGUGGUCUGCAGGAUUUUGAACUGUGGGACAUCUGAGUCGGUAACAACAGAUGCCUCCUACGGAGAGGGCACUGGGAAGAUCUGGCUGGAUGGGGUGAAGUGUAAGGGGACAGAGCCUGCUCUCGACCAGUGCCCUGCCAGCCCAUGGGAUGUGAAUAACUGUUCCCACGCAGAGGACGCUGGAGUCUCCUGCACAGAGUCGUGCGUUGAAGAACUGGAGUUGAAUCUGGAUGACCUUUGGUGCGUACGGGAGAAUGAGGAGAUGAUGGAUAGAAGCCCCUAA